AUGGUGCGACUCCGCGAUGGCAGCAUGGUGCAGAGCAUCCCCAAACUCAUCCCUUUCCCUUCUGUCAUCGGCGGGUGCCACCAAAGGAAGAGUAAAGAAGGGAUCCCGGGCGGGCAUAGAAUAUGCAGAAUCCCGUAUUGUGACGAAAACCUCUGUAACAACGGCUGGUGUGAAGAGACUAUGGUAGGCUACAACUGUACCUGCUCAAGUGGGUUUCAAGGGAGACACUGCGAUGAAAUGAUCAUACAGUCAACGACGGAAGCGACGACCAAUCCUACGACGAGCCCUACGACUACGAUGUCGGAACGCUCAGACACAACGACUUCCCAAAACACCACUACCUCUAAGUCGGUGACAACGGAAGCGAAAACCAAGUCCGCGAUGAGCCCUACGGCCACGAUGCCAGAACGAUCAGAGGCAACGACAUCGCAAGAAACCACCACCUCAAAGUCAGCAGAAUUAUCGACUACGGACGCGACGACCAAGGCCACGACGAGUUCUACGACCACGAUGUCAGACACAACGACAUCGCAAGACACCACCACCUCCAAAGUAUCGACUACAGACACCACGAGCAAGCCCAUGACGAGCCCUAGGACCACGAUACCAGACACAACGACAUCACAAGAAACCCCCGCCUCCACAUGCUCAUCUCCUCCGGUGGAAGGUAGCUACGGCGAGUCGUUCUACAAUUUCAGCACUUGCUGGAUGAAUCAUUCUUCUGCGGUUUCAGCUUGUUCCGAAUACGGAUCCCAUCUGGUCUUCAUCGAGUCGCAAGAGGAAGAGGACUUCAUCGCGCAGAGUGUUAAGUACCUCGGUGACUGGAAGAUUAGAAACUACUGGAUCGGGCUGACCGGCUUAAGUCCCAGUAUUAGCUAA